AUGGUGGCCAUUCCACGAGUUGUCGCCGCUCGUUCGUUGGCUCGACAGCUGGCCAGGCAGAACUUGCGAACCACUGCACUACCUAAUGCCUCUGUUCGCAUCGCUGUUGCUGCUGCGCCCUUUAGCCGCACACCGACAUCAUUCCGCAAUUUCAGCAUCUCAACUCGCCGUAGCGCAGCAGCUGCGGCUGCCGUCAAGGCUCCUCCAGCACACGAUGCCACCGCCCAGGCAGCACACGACGGCUCACAUCAACCCAUGGCCAAUCUCACCGAGGCCGAUCUUGGUCGUCUUGUUCGACAGCGCAAUGUCGGCAUCUCAGCACAUAUCGACAGUGGUAAGACCACGUUGACAGAACGUGUUCUCUUCUACACUGGUCGAAUCAAAGAUAUCCACGAGGUCAGGGGAAGGGACGCCGUUGGUGCCAAGAUGGAUCACAUGGAGCUCGAGCGCGAAAAGGGAAUCACUAUUCAGAGUGCUGCUACUUACUGCAGCUGGAAGGCUACUCCACCUACUGAGAAGGCCAGUGUCAGUGGUGAUGCCGCUGACGUCGACAGCAAGGAUUUGAUGGCAAAGAAGGAGGACUUUCACAUCAACAUUAUCGACACCCCAGGCCACGUAGACUUCACAAUCGAAGUCGAGCGUGCGUUGCGAGUUCUUGAUGGUGCCGUCCUUGUACUUUGUGCUGUCUCCGGUGUUCAGUCACAGACCAUCACCGUAGAUCGACAGAUGCGACGAUACUCGGUUCCCCGUAUCAGCUUUAUCAACAAGAUGGACCGUGCCGGUGCCAACCCGUGGCGUGUCAUUGGUCAGAUCCGCAACAAGCUCAAGAUGCCGGCUGCUGCUGUCCAGGUCCCUAUCGGUGCUGAGGACGACUUCAACGGUGUCAUUGACCUCAUUCGAUGGAAGGCCGUCUACAACGAGGGUCCUAAGGGUAUCGAAAUCCGAGAGACCGACGAGAUCCCAGCAGAGUACCUCGAGCUUGCAAAGGAGAAGCGUGCCGAGCUCAUCGAGCAGCUCGCCGAGGUCGACGACGAGAUGACCGAGAUCUUUAUCGAAGAGCGUGAGCCUACCAUCGAGGAGCUUGCUGCUGCCAUCCGCCGCACAACCAUCCAGUGCAAGUUCUCGCCCGUCUUCCUUGGCUCUGCUAUCAAGAACAAGGGUGUCCAGGCCAUGCUCGACGGUGUUUGCUCCUAUCUUCCCAACCCUGCCGAGGUUCCCGCUACUGCUAUGGAUAUGAGCGCUUCCGCCACCAAGAAGGCUGCCGAGAAGGCUGCCAAGGCCGCUGGCGAGGACGAAGAGGCUGCUGCUGAAGCUCGCAAGAACGCCGCACCACCUGUUCUGCCCCUCUCGCCCGCCUCCGAGGCACCGCUGGUCGGUCUCGCUUUCAAGCUGGAAGAAGGCAAGUACGGCCAGCUGACGUAUAUGCGCGUCUACCAGGGCACCCUGAAGCGUGGCAAUCUCAUCUUCAACGCUCGUACAGGCAAGAAGGUCAAGGUGCCCCGAUUGGUACGCAUGCACUCGAACGACAUGGAAGACGUUGACGAGAUCGGAGCUGGUGAGAUCUGCGCCAUGUUUGGUGUCGAAUGCUCGUCUGGCGAUACUUUCACUGACGGAACCACUCAGCUCAGCAUGACAAGCAUGUUCGUUCCCGAGCCCGUCAUCUCGCUUGCCAUCACACCCGAGGGUAAGGAGUCGCAAAACUUCUCUCGUGCACUCAACCGAUUCCAGAAGGAGGACCCCACUUUCCGUGUCCAUGUUGACAAGGAGUCCAACGAGACCAUCAUCUCCGGUAUGGGUGAGCUGCACCUCGAAAUCUACGUUGAGCGAAUGCGACGAGAAUACAACGUGCCCUGCACCACAGGCAAGCCUCGCGUUGCUUUCCGCGAAACCGUCGAGAAGAAAGCGUCAUUUGCCUACACACACAAGAAGCAGACUGGUGGUGCUGGUCAGUUCGGUCGAGUCAUGGGUUACAUCGAGCCCAUGGAGGUCGAUCCCGAGACUGGUGUCGACACUGCUUUCGAGAACCGCGUCGUCGGUGGAUCUAUCCCCAACGGGUACAUUGCUGCUUGUGAAAAGGGAUUCUACGAUGCUCUCGAGAAAGGUGCUCUCUCAGGUCACGCCGUCACUGGUGUCCGCUUCGUUUUGGAGGAUGGUGCUGCGCAUAGUGUCGAUUCGUCCGAACUUGCUUUCCGUCUCGCCACUGCUGGUGCCUUCCGCGAGGCCUACCAGAAGGCCAACGCUGUCAUUCUCGAGCCAAAGAUGACGGUCGAAGUCGUUGCACCCAUCGAAUUCCAGGGAGCUGUCAUUGGCGCACUCAAUCAGAGGAAGGGUACCAUUUCCGACACCGAGAUCAGGGAAGACGAGUUCACGCUCACUGCUGAAGUUUCGCUCAACGACAUGUUCGGCUACAGUUCGCAGCUUCGUGGCUUGACGCAGGGUAAGGGUGAAUUCUCGAUGGAGUACAAGUGCCACACGCCCGUCAUGAUGAACAUUCAAAAGGAGAUGCAGGAGGCUUACCGCAAGAAGCAGACCGAGAAGAAGUAA